CAGGUUUGAUGGAACAGUGAUAAUGACCAUGACCUCAGCCAUCAGCAUCGCUCUUCUCCUGCUCUCUGCAACUGUUGUAAACUCAUGGAAGUCUCUGGAAGACCAAACUGAAGCAAUGGGGGAUGUUUCACAGUUUGAAGAGUAUAUACAGGAAACUAACCAUCAUGCAGAAAUGGAAAGAUUCCCAAACCCAUCCCUAAGCCCAGACUGUAAAGCCUGCCAUCACAUCAUCGGUAACGUACAGAAGAAGCUGGGCAGUAAUAAAUCAAAGGAAGAAAUUGAGUCACUGCUGGAAAAAAGUUGCAGUGAUGCUUCUUGGUUGAGACCGACCUGCAACAAAAUCAUCAGAGACUCCAAAGUCAAAUUAAUUGAUGCAAUAGCCAAAGGUGGGACUCCCGAGAGCCUAUGUGCUGAACUGAAAUACUGCUGAAAUAGAUACUAAAUACAGUAUAAUGCAUCUGCCACACAAUGAAUGUUUCAGCUGUUUGAUUUUGAUUAUACAAGUCCAGUGUGUACAUGAUGUCUUGUCCUUGCCUUUUCAAUAAAGAGUCUGUGAAGCUGUUUCUCACA